AGUGCGCGGUAACACUGCAUAUUUUGUUGCAUUGCUGCUGCCUUUUAACGUUUUAGUCUAUUUUUAUGUAAAUCAAAAGUGCAGAGGACCCAAGCGUAUAAAUGUGCACGCGACAGUUAAAUAAAUAACUAAGUAGAGUGCGUCACACAGACAUACCGAACUCCGUGCUGGAUCACACACACACACACACACACACACACACACUUAACAAACACAAACACACACAGAGAGAGUCGCCGGAAGAGAUUGGACUUGAAUUCUUGAGAGCGAUAUAGAAAUAGAAAUAGAUACGAAGCAUUUGUAGCGAUGGACGUUGAGGAGAACUACGAGUCACAAAGCACAACAGAGGCGACUCCAACGCAGCAGGGACCGCAACUGCAGCUGCAUCACCCACAGCCACAGACGCAGCAGCAGCAGCAGCAUAUGCAACAACUGUUGCAAGACAGUAUGCAAUGCGAACCGUUAUUUGGGACAACAACAAAUACGACAACAACCACAAAUCCAAUGAUGGACACGAGCAACAUUGCGAUACCGUUGCCAGCGCCGCCAGGAAUGUCCCUCGUUCUGUCCACAGCAGCCGGCGUGCCAGCUGUAUCUGCAGUCUCAGCGCUACUUGCACCCGCAGCCGCAUCAGCAACUGCAAGCACACCUAUAUCUAUAUAUACAUCCACAUCAACAUCAUCACAAGGGGCGCAAAUUAAGGGGCUUGGUGGAUUGGGGCCGGCCCUUCCAACAAAUGACUAUGAUAUUGACGCUCUGCUGCUGCAGCAGUUCAGUUGCAUGGGCACCACAGAUCACGAGGAUCUAAUCAGUCAGUUCCAGAGCCUCAUGAACAAUCAAAUGAAUCGCGAGUCUGCUCGCUUCUACUUGGAAAUGAGCAACUGGAACUUGCAAACUGCCGUCGGUUGCUAUUUGGACUUUUGCAGUCUGCAGUCGUUGCCCUCAAUGAAGAUUGUCCAGGGGCAGCACGUGAAUGCGCAGCAGCAGGCGUUUCAAUUACAAAAUGAUGGCACAGAACGCUGGCCCAAUGGCUGCUAUUUAACAUCGCCAAUUCAGACGCAACGGAUCAGUGCGCCGUCCUUGCGUCCGGGUGAAACAUGUGAUAUAUUAGCUGAUCUGAUACCCACACAGCCGGCGAUUAUGUGGCGCCUGUGCACGCCCAACGGUUGGUACUUUGGCGAUACUAUCUGGAUGAUACCGCCAGGCACGCAGGCCAGCCAGGAUGAGCUGCAGCAGCGCAUGGUGCAAUUGAUCACCUCGGACGCGAAGCCAGAAGUUUAUCCACAGAUCAAAAUAGUGAUAACAGCGCAUACACAAUAAGGAAGCGCCCACAAUUUCAUUUGAAUGUUCGCGUUGCGCUGCAAUUCACAUCGAAUUGUUCAUCGUUAUUUCAAUUUCAAAAUUGUUUAAACAUACUAUAAUUGCGGCUAGUUUUAAUUCGGCCUCAGAUUCGAAUCCCAAACAAAAAAACACAAAAACAAGAAAAACAACUUUUUUUUAACUUUUAUCGAAGCAUUUGCAAUUCGAUUAGCAUACAAACGAAAUUAAAUUCCCCGACGUAUUUUAUUUUUCCCUGAAUUUAUGAGCGCGAAAUGGUUCUAUGAUGGUUUUUUUUUCUUCCUUUUUGUCAAACCAAUCUUGUGACAAAUGUAGAUUUAAGUGUUUUAUUGAGCGAAAGAAAGAGAAAGGAAAAAGAAAA